AUGUGGAACAACGUUUCAACAAAGACGCGUUUCAAUCAGCUCAGGAAAAUUAAGAAAGAAAAACAGUUAGCUCGCUUGAAGAGGCUUAGCACAUGCAGAGUUCAUGAUAAUCUGCUGCCCGGAGUACCACCAUGUGAAGCGACGGCGACGGAAAACAAGAUCGCAGAAGCGGUGACGAUGGAAAGUGAAGGGGAAAAGAGAGGCAUCACAUGUGAGCUCCUUGAUCCAAUCCCCACCAAAUUUUCCACAGAGGAACCAACGAAAUCCCCAGGCAUGCAGGACCUUCCUGCUGAAAUCACAGAGCUCUUGAUAAAUGCGCAAGACCCGCAAUCAAGUUGUGAUUUUGCGGAAAGCACGCCUGUGGACAGAAAAGACAUUGACAGAGCCUCAGAGGGGGAGAAGUUUUUAGAAUCGUCUUCUGAAGCAGCCAUUGUUAAGGCAGAGGAUAAAAACCAACUACAGAGGGCUGGAACAUUAGAAACUGAUGAAAGGACGACAGAUGAGGAGAAGCAUUUCCAACAAGAGAAGAGUGACCAGGAUUAUGGUACCGACGAUGUCACAAGUGCCGUUUCCCGCGUUGCAAAGACGGUGGAAGCAAAUUUCAAUAUAAUUGAAGAGCAAAGAACAGAGGAAAUCUUGGACAAAAAUGUUGACACAGGUUGUGGUCCUAAAGUUGACCGCACAGACAAUGUUGCGGACAUGGAUCCUACAUUUGUUUCCCAAAACGUAGGAGAAAACAUCCUUGAUGUAGAGAGUCAAGUAUCGGAGAAAUUGUUGGAUUUACCAGCUGAACAAAAGGCCCCUCAAUCACUGGAUAUAUGCAAACAAACAGAAGAUGAAAAGGUGGAGAUAGACAAAAUCAUACAGAAUGGAGCCAGAGAUGCCUCCAUCGCGGCAGUAGCAGCAAGUUCAGAUACUCCAAAUGAAGACAGAGAAUUCACCAUAACCAGCGAUGAGGGAGACAAAAAGCCUGAGGAAACAUCCACCAUGGUGGCUGCAGACAUGUCAAUGAAGCACGGACAUGAAGUGGAUACAGUCGAGCUCAAAGAAACCACCAGCACUGAAAGCCAAGAUAUUACUGAAUUAAGUGCGGAGAUGAAACAUGUGAUGCCAGCAGGAGAAAAUGAAGAAUACAAAAGCAACUCAACAGAAUCUGCUGCCGUCGUAGAACCAGUAGCACAUUGCUCACAUCAAAUUGACAAAGAGGUUGCAGGCCAUAUGGAUGUGGAGGAAGCAAAUGAUUUGACUCAGGAGACAAUUAUCCAAGUUGUUCAGAAUACCUUGGCACAAGAUGAGGAUGGCAUGGACCGAAAAGAAAAGCUUGACAGUUCAUCAGCAAAACAUGUAGAAUCUAUGCAGAGAGAUUAUAGCAAUUCGUUUAGUACAGAAGCUUCAGAAGGGGAGAGAAAUGAUAGUGGACAUUUGACAGGUGAGGUGGUCAAGAACGUCAGUGGUCAAGGAAUAACUGAUGCUAAAGAUCACAUUGCAAAGGAAAUACCACCAGUCAAUGCAGAAUCAGAGGGAAGUUUCUUACAGCAAAGUCUACAGGGCAAUGAGCAACCUGCAAUUAAUACUGAGGUGCUUCACGAAGCAGUUUCAUGUAUCAAAGAGGAGACGCAUUGCAAGAGCUGUGAAGGCGGCUCUACCAAAGAAGUAGAUGAAGACAAAUCUGUGGACAACUCGCCAAAUGAUGAAGAAAUACAAGAGAACUCUCCAAUAAACCCAGAAGGAGACCAACAAAGAAGUGAAGCGGCUGAUCUGGAAAUUGAAUGUGAAAAAGUUACUGGAGAGUGGGAAGCAUGCAAACCAAAGGAAACAGAAAAUAAAGAUGGAUCUGAAGCAUGCAAAAGCACAGAAUUUCAGGAUGCAGGGCAUCCAUUUAGAGAAGGACAUGAUCCUGAAGAUGUAGCAACUGAUGUAGCUGCCUCAGGUAAUAUCCACUGUACAGGAAGUGUUGCUGAUGAGAUAAAUCAACCAACUUCUGAAUCAGAAAUUGUUCUGGAAACAGCUCCAACAUCCAGAGCUGAACAUGACAGCUGUUGUGGAGAGAAGGAAAAAGCUACACAAGCGGACGAACAUGAAGAAGUCAAAGCGAAGUCCUGCAACACCGCAGACCUCACAGAUGAAACCAUCAGAACGAGUCCGGCUGAGAACUUUGAUACUACACAGAAAGAAAACGAAUGUGACAUCAAGUCAUCGGAGGAGUCUGAACCAGCUGGAGCAGAUAGGAGUUUGGAAGACAACACAUCGCAAGGCAAUGAAAGCUCUAAAAUGUCUCUUCAAACUUCACCGCCGAUGCAUGGGGAAAUGACAAAGGAAGUGGAAGGAAAAGAAAAAGGGACAACCGCUGUCAUUUUAGCUGAUAACAGCAGCAUCACUGGGCUGGAUAAGGUUAUAGCGGAUGCAUCAAUGCCUGAAAAAGAUUCUGAAGAAACAGCGAACAAGAAUGUAGGGGCAGAUGAGUUCAAAAGAUCGUUAGAUGAGAUACCUGAACCAACUGAGGCAGAUAGUCCACAACUGGGCGGAACCAUUCGUUGCCAUGAAGAAUUGUCAGCAAAAGGAAAUGAUGAGGACAACGUCAAGUAUGAACAAAAUGAGAUAAACAAGAUCUAUGAACAAACGGGGAUAUUUAGCACAACUGAGGGUCCAGAAGAUCUAAUCUUGCUUAAUGACGACAAGGAGACUGGAGAAUCUACAGGACCAGACUUGAUUGAAGAGGAUCCUAUUCAAGAGAGGACUACCGAAGCAACAGCCCAUAGAGAGGACAAUGUGAUGGGAUGCCAGGUCAAUCCAUCAACUGAAGAAGCUGUGGGCUACACCAAAAAUAUCACAGAGGAAACAAAUGCAGCAAGAGACUUUGAGGUACUUGCAGAGGGGAUUAGUGAAGGAAGACCUUCAAAAGAUGAUCGAGAAGAAGAUACUAACAAGGAGGUACAUACACAAUUAGUUACAUUCACUUCAUGCAAGAAAACGGAUGAUCAUCAACAAGAGGAAGACGCAAAAUCCAAAUUCUCUCCUGCAGUGGAUGAACAAGAGAUUGAAAACCAGAAGUCAAAGUCUAUGAGUGAAGCAAUCUCCUUAAAAGAAGAGGAUAAAGACACGAAGGUCUUCACAGAACAGGUGGAAGAAGCGCACUCACUUGAUAAUAUUGCCAACACUGAAAAGGACAAUAUGGAGGCAUGUCAUAAGAUCCAGUCUACCAGCACUGAUGAAUGCACAGAAAAAGAAAUGCAGCCAAUGGAGCGUGAUGAAUAUUACCAAUCAGAGUCCCCUUGUGCACCUCCUGAAACCAAUUCUGAGGUCAUUGGAGCAGCUGAGAGGUUCGAAGUGCCUCCUGCUAACGGUUCCCAAGCUGCACGAGCUUCUGCCAUAAAAGAUGGCGUUCCGGCCAAUGAUAAUGAAUCAGAAGCAAAAAACCAUGCAGGAAGUACUGAUACUGCUUCUGGAGUAGAUGAGCUUCCAACAUCGGCAAAGCAGGAAAGAAGGUUGGAAAAUACAGACAGCAAUGUUAUGGAAGAUGACUUGACUGACUCAGGUCAGGAAGAGGGGGAGAUUCCAGCAACAGUUGAUGCUAUAAAAGAAUCAACAGAGUGUGAAAUAUUGGAUAAAGAACCUAAAGAUUCGAAAGAUUUAGGCGCUACUGAAAAACCUGCUGUGGACACUUUACAAGGAAGCCUCUGUUCAAUCCUGAAGACUGAAGCUGGUGAGGAAGAACGUGAGGCUUCUGCAGAAUAUGAAGGCCCGGACAAGAACGAAGACCAUCUAUACGGAACUCAUUCAACCGAAGGUGUCUUGGUGCCACAAGAGGAUGAAUCUACAAAGAUAGUCUCUGAGUCUGAGGAGGUUGAAACUGCAAAGGGGAGUGCUCAGAAGGAAGUGAGUGAAGAUCUACACGUUGCCCCUGAGGUGCCCUUUGCUGUACUCAAUACAGCAGAAGGCACAUAUAUCUCGGCCACCAAUGCAACAGAAGAAACAGAAAACCAGAUUCAGGUGGACCAACAUAAUACUAUACCAGAUGAGAGAUCUGAAAACACACAUUUAGAAACGAAGGAAAUUGAAGGUGAGACCUAUGAUGAAGACUUGAAGCACCAGGAAUCAUUUGCACCUGAGACAGAUAUUAAGAGCAGAACCCCGGAAGAAAAGGUUUCCACAGAGAAUGACGAGGACAACUUGAAGGAAGAUUAUGUGCCAGAUAAAGAAGCAUUCCACUCUGAAGUCAGUACCACCGUUGGAGAAGAGAUGGGAGCUGCUGACACGAUAUCCACUCAAAAUCUCAAAACAAUGGAGUUGACUGAACAGACAGAGACAAGGAACAUGCAGAUUGAAGGACAUUCGAGAUUGGGAAGGGAGACAUUUAUUGCGGGACAAGUGGAAGAAGAGGUACAGGACCAAGAUAAAGAAGAUCCAAUCGGUCUCGUUAUCACACCAAUGGAAACCAUUAAGGAGGAUACAAUCAAGGAACCAGACAGUGUUAUCAAUAGCGAUAUUGCUGCUGUGGAAAUCGGACAGGAAGAGGUGAGACCACAAAAAGAACAACUAGAUGAAAGACCCAAAAUGGCAUCUGGUAUUUGCUCGGACAUGGGGCCUCCAGAAAGAACAGAAACUGACCACAGUAAACAUGGUGAAGAGGUUGAUGGAACAAAGUGUUAUGAAAUUUCCAUCAACUUGCAGCCUAAUUCUUCAGAAAGCGAUUCUAAGAGCGCAGAACGGGAGAUUACUGUUGUUGAAAAUCCAACUAUAACAGAAGAAGAAAUUGAGCUACCUUCAGAUAAAAAGGAUGAAACAAGAGCUUCAGAUGUUAAAGAAAGUACUGAAACGGAGAACUGCUCAUCUAUUGAAAACACAGAUGCAGAAGAAACAGAAAAGCAUGAAGAAAUAUCUGAAAGGCUAGCUACAUCCGCUACCCAAAAUGGAGAACCAGCCGAAGAUGGAAGCGCUCCUAAUCAGACUAUCCCUCGAGAAUCAACACUUGAGCUCCUGACACCAGCUUCAGUCUCUCUUCUGGAAGAAAAAGAAAAUGGACCUAAAACUGCAGAUGAGAAGAUCACGGAUGACAGUGAAGACGAGGUUGAAAUGCAAUUGAAUGAGAGUCUACAAUUAUCUUCUGGUACAGUGCAGACAGACGAAGCAUGCUUUGAUAAGAAAGAACCUAAUAAGGAUGGAGUUUCCAAAAUAGAUAGUAACGAUUCUGAGAGUGAAAAAGACACUCCAAAUGGACAGAAAGAUGGCUGCAUUCAUGGAGAAGAAGUUCUGAAAGUAGAGACUCAGGAAAAAGAAAGCAAGACCGCAAAUCCUGAUUCUCCAGAGGUCAGAGAUACAACUGCCGAAGUUAGGGUUGCCACAGAGGAAGCAUCUAGCAUUGUAUCAAGCAAAAGUGAAAAUGUGCAUGAAGUCAUGUCAGAUGUUCAGACAAAUGAAAGUUUCACAAGAUUAGAGGAUAUUGAUUUGAAAGACAUGAAGGUUGAGCCAAUCAUUGCUGAUUUCGAGCCCGAACAGAAGUGUGAGAACACAAUUGAAGCAAAUGACACAUCGCAGAAUGCGAUCGCUGAUGAAGUGGUGCUUCAAGGACAAUUAAAACCGGAAGAGACUCAAAAUGGGGAAGAACUUGAGACAGGGAAAGGUGAUAAGAAAUUAUUACUAGAGAGCUGCAAAAUUGGUGAGAUGAAGGACUUUGUCCCAGUACUAGAAGAUACUCAAGCCAUAGAUCAAGCUGAACAAGCACAAGCAGGAAAUGCAGAUAAUGAGGAAAUUCAAAUCAGAAAAAUAGAGAAUGAUGACGAAAGUAUCUCUACUUCAAAAACUGAAGAUGCUACCAAAGACGUCAUGAAGGAGGUUGUAAAGGAAACAGCAAUCCUUGAUGAUUUCAAUGGCCCGACUACAGUUGCAGUUGAAACUGCAGAAAUUGGCAUUCCCCCAAAGGAAGCAUCUAGUGGUGUGUUCAACAAAAAUGUGCAUGAAGUCAUGUCAGAUGUUCAAGAAUAUGGAAGUUCCAUAGAAUUGGAGCAUGACGAAAUGAAAGGUACGAAAGUUGAGGCAGUCACUGCUGAUGUCAGGCCUGAAGAGAAGUGUGAGGAUGCAAUUGGAGCAAAUGAUAUGUCACAGAAUGGAAUAACCAAUGAAGGGUUGCCAGAUGAAAAUAAAAGGUUAGAAGAAACUCAAGAUGGGGAACAACAUGAGAAUGAAGAAGGUGAUAUCAAAAUCAGUGAGAUUUGUUCUAUUCAACAGAAGAAAGACUACAUUUGCCCCAUACCAACUGAAGUUACUGAAGAAGUAGAUCAAGAUGAACAAGCACAAGCAGGAAAUGCAGAAAAAGAGAAGGUAAAAGACAGUAUUUCUGUUUCAAAAACUGAAGAUUCAAGGAAAGACUUCGACGAGAUCAUAAAGAAAACAGAUACCCUUGAUGAGCUUAAUGCCACUACCAUAGCCGCUGUGGAAACAGCUGCCGAAAUUAGCAUUCCGAGGGAGGAAGCAUUGGGCGAUAUGUUCCGAAAAGGUGAGCAUAUGCAUGAAGUGAUGUCCGACAUCCAAACAAAUGAAAGUUCCGUAGGACCAGAAGAUGCUGAAAUGAAUGCUAUGAAAGUUGAAGCAGUCACUGCCGAUGUCGAGCCUGCAGAGAAGUGUGAGGAUGGAAUUGAAGAAAUUGAUAUGUCGCAGAAUGCAAUAACUAAUGAAGGGAUGACUGACGCACAUAUGAAGGCACCACUGCUUGAGAGCUGCACCAUCAGUGAGAAGAAAGGCUUCGGCAAAGCACUAGCUGAAGUUACUGAAGCAACAGAUCAAUUUGAACUGGAAAAAGCAGGACAUGCAGAUAAUGAGGAAAUUCAAACCAGUGAAAGCAUGAUCCAUGACAGGCUAAAAGACUGCGUCUCUGUUUCAAAAAUUGAAGAUGCAACCAAAGACGCUGAGAAGGAGAGCAUUACUGAAGCAGGUGCCACUGAUGAGUCUAAUGCCACAACUCUCAUUGCAGCGCCAGAAACCACAGAAAUCGAAAUUCCCACAGAAGAAUCAUCUGGCUUUGUGUUAAGCAAAAGUGAAAAUACACAUGAAGUUGUUUUAGAUGUUCAAGCAAAUGAAAGUUCCAUGGGAUCAGAGGAUGCUGAAACGAAGCGUACACAAGUUGAGGAAGUCAUGGCUAAUGUCAAGCCUGAAGAGAAGCGUGAGGAUGCAAGUGAAGCAAAUGAUAUGUCUCAGAAUGCAAUCACUAGUGGAGGGGUACUUGACUGUUAUACAAAGGAAGGAGGUGAAGAAAACGAGACUGGGGAUGGUGACAAUGUAUCAUUACUUGGGAGCUGCAAAAUUAAAGAGAAGAAAGAUUUUGGCCCAGUAGUAGCUGAAGAUACUGAAGCAACAGAUCAAGUUGAAGAGGCCGAAUCAAAAAAUGCAGAUAAUGAGGAAAUUCAAACCAGCAAAAGCAAGACAGAUGACAAGCCAGAAGACAGCGUCCUUGUUUGCAAAACUGCGGAUGCAACCAAAGAUGUUGGCAAGAAGAUGAUACAGGAAGUAGAUACCCCAGAUGAGUUUAAUGCCACAACUAUAGCUGCAGCGGAAACAGAGAUCGCUAUGCAGGAGCCUCAGGCAGAGGAGACUCCUGUUGGGACAUCCACAGUGCCACCAGAGAGUGUGACAGUUCAAAAUUCAAAUGCAGAUGAUUUUGAGAGAAUCCGAAUGGUUUCUGAACUAUCUCAUGAUAGUAAUUCUGCACAUGAUGAAACAAUUGAUGGAGCAGAGAAGACAUCAAUGAAUGAAAAGCUCGGCUUGGUUGAAAAUGAAGCAGAACCAGACGGGACUGCUCACCAAGUAACUGUAUCCAAAACUGAUCAAGGAAAGACAGUUUUUAGUGAAGAAACAAUUGCCGAUCAGACUCUCUCAGCAAAGAAACUGGAGUCGCUAGUUCAGACACCCGUGUUUGCAUCGCUUCCAGGAGGAGGGGAGGAGAACAUGGAGAAGGUUGAAAAUAUAGAAGGACAUGACAAAGUGGCAGGAGAGAUGGAACUAAAGGAGAAUCUAGAACUGUCUUUCCCUGAAGAGAGGACAGACACAGAAUGCUUGGAGAGGGCAGAGCCAAGAAAUCCCGGGGUCACUGAAUUAGAGAUUUCAGCAAAUGAAAGUACACAGGAUACAAAUGAAGAUGAAAAAGAACAUAACACUCAUGGUGAAGCUCUAAAAGCAGCCCCCGAAGAAAAAGAAAAAAAGACAGAAUUUGCUGAUUCUCCAUUGCGAAGUGUUGAAGACAAAGAACUUAGCGGACCAUACGAGAACGCAUCUGAUGUAAUGUUCAAGACAAGCAAAACUGCACAAGUAGACAUGUCAGAAGUUCAGACAGUGGAGACCUCUGAAGAAUCAGAGGGUGGUGAAAUUCAGGAUGUGAAUUUGGAAGCGGUGGCAAUUUCAAAACCUGCAGAACAGAAUGAGGAUGCAAUUACAGCAGAAAAUGUCGAACAAGAGAUGCGAAAUGAACAAGAAAAGGCUGAUGGGAGUGAAGAGACAAACGAGCAAGAGACUAUGACAGAUGUCGAUUCAAAGGAAACUCAUGGAACAACGCCUGGAAACAGCAUAAUCAAUCAGGACAAGCACACAGGCUCCGUAUCAGAAGGAGAAAAAACACACUGCGAUGAGCAAACAAAUGCAGAAAAGCUAGCAAGCACAAGUGAAUCAUAUGCCACAGUAGCAUUGGAAGAAGAUAACAUUCUCAAUGGAGGAGGUACCUACAUUGCACAAACCAAAGAUGCACUAGAGGAUUUUGAUGUCACAAGAGAGAUCAAAGAGGAAGCAGGCAGUUAUUAUGACAAGACUGAUACUGCAGCAAUGACCUCUCUGAGAACAGAGACCAGCACGCUGGCGAUCCUGCAAGAUGACAAGCCUUUGGAGGCAUCCCCUGAUGACUUAGAGGAAUCAUCACCAGAAGCAACAGAGCCUGGUCUAAUUCUCAGCAGCAAAAACAUUGACAAGGAAAAUCUUGAUGAGACCUCUUCAACCUCUGUUUGUCGACUAUCUGAUAGAGAGAAAGAGAAUGAAACCACUCAGAAUCCACAUGUAAGUGAGUCCAAAAUCAAUGUGGCGGGUGAAAAUGACUCCUUGUUGUUCCUGGUGGAGAAAGAGGGUGAAGCAGCAACCACGGAUGAGAAUGUUGGAGAAAAGAGCUUAGAUGGAGAGAUGGUGCAGAUUAAUGAGAACAUAACAUUGACAGAUGAAACAGAAGUGUGCUGCAAAAAGGCAGACUCCAUAAAGCAUGCAGAUACUGAAUUCGAGAUCCAAGACAAUCAAGUCACCAAGGACACAUCAUGUGAAGAGGACAAGGAAGGGAGCAAUCAAGUUGAAAUUGUGAAACUAGAGCUUCCAGAAGAAGAAAGCGAGGGAAGAUCUGAGAUUUCUGCAUCAGCUGACCAGGGAAACAUGGGUACUUUGGCAAAGGCUGCAGCUGAUGAUUUGGAGCCUGAAAAAUAUUGUAACAUUGCAACUGAAGCAGCUGAUACUCUGAAGGACGAAAUUCUUCAGGAAGAGGUGUUCAUUGGUCCAGGUGAAGCAGAUGAACAUGAGAACUUGAUGAAAGAGCAUCAGGUCGAGGAGAAUUAUAACCCAAAUGAAACUGUUGCCGUGUCACCUGGGAACCGUGCAAUCUGUGAGGAGGCAGACUCCAAUGCAGUAUCCAAGGAACAUUUAGAAGCAUCAUAUUCAACCGAAAAGACCAGAGAAGGAAGUUUGGACAUUGAGGAGAUGUCAAACAGUAAAUGUGAUGCACAAAUCCAGGGAGUAUUGCAUCAGGGAAAGACACAGGAAGAAGAAAAUCCAGGGUCUGUUGCACCAACUGAGCAUGCAAACAAAGAAAGCGAGAAACUAAAGGAUCUGGAUAACUGCUAUGAUAAGGUUGACACUGCACCAAAGACCUCAUUAACAUCAACCCCUAGCUCCUGCAUGGCUCCUGAAGAAGAAAAGCCUGUAGAUGACUCUGGUACCGGCUUUGACAAGGAAUUGCCCAAAGAAGUAGAGAUUGAGACUAGUCUACUCAAAGAAAAAUUUGAGACCCAGCUUGAAGAUGAGCAUUUAGCUACAGAAGAUGAGAAUGUGAGGAGAGAGAAUGUGACUGCUGAAAGUCUGAAGGAAGGUGGACUGGGGAGAAUAACAAUAGCUUCUGAAGCAGCGCUAGGUUCCAAAGAUCCAGGUACGGAUGUUAUUGAUGCAAUGGAGGAAACAACUGCAGAAGAGCUAGAUGUGAGUGAAAUCAGAUCUCAUUGCCUCGAAUUAGUUCAUGAAGCAGACGCAACAUCUGAGCAGAAUACAUCAGCAAAAGCACUGGAGGUGCCGCCAGUCUCUGCAUUGCUUCAAGAGGAACAUAAAGAUGAAAGGAAACGAGACAUACAGAAUGUGCAAGAAACUGACACUGUGCUAUUUUCCUCAGCAGCUGAAGCAAAGGAAGAAAUCUGGCAGAAGGAAAAUGGACAGUUCGAACCUCCAAAAGUCCAUCAUCCUAGAGGCAGUGAAACCAUACAGGACGACCUAACUGAAAAGGAUAAUGAAUGUUGCAGUACACAGGAUGAAGGUUUGGAACCAGAGACUCAAAAUGAAACCAAAUGCACUGAUUUUCCAUCAGAUAGUGAGAAACUCAUGGAUCUAACAAGUGCAACUGAGAGUCAUGAGCAAGGAGUUUGUGAUGACUUGGUCAAAUCUGUCUCACAGGUUAAAAUACAGGAAGACUUUAAUGAACCAGAGGACACUGGAGCUAAGGAAAACCAGGUCCAUGCAUUGGCACGGGAUUUAAGAGCUGAAGAGAAAGGAGAGGAAACAUCAAAAGCAAAUGAAACCUCACAGGGUGAAAAUGCCGAAGAGCAGAUUGUUGAACAGCUUGAAGAUAUUGACGGCUGUCCUAUGAAUCAAGAAAUAACUAAAGGGAGCUGUGAAGAAGAUGAACUGCAUCGUGAAAAGUAUGUAGAAGGGAAAACACACAACACAUUCCAUAGCAAGGAUAAUGAACUGCAAUACCAGGAGGACGAAAGCAAGCACAGUGCAGUUGACAAAGAUAAUGCUCCGGAAGAAUUUGACAAGGUGCAUGUUGAGAGUGGGACAGCUGAUAAAAACUCUAUCGAUGAAGCUGAGGGAAAAAUCACGUCAGAAGGAGCAACUGAAUCAGAGGACCAGAACAGUAAAACAAACUUUGGAAGCGGCACGACAGAUGCCACGAUAUGUAACAAAGAAUCAAGUGUGGAGAAGACUCAAAAAGGAAAUGACUUGGGUCUUGAAGAAGCAAAGGAAACCGAUCCUGUUCCUGAACAGAUAGAGUAUGCCUCAAUCGCCAUGCCUGAAAUGCCAGUUUCAGGGGAAGCAUGUCCGAGUAUGGCACCAGAUGUUACAAUAACAGAAGGCAAUGAAGACAGAUCACCUACAGCGAAGGAAAGUAUUGUUGAAAUCAUUCAAAACUCCGAAGCGAAAAAUGUGGAACUUGGGCAUCCUUCGAAAGCUGAUCUUGAACUGAAACCAAUUGAAUAUGGAGGAGAGAGAACGUGCAGUUCUGAUGAAAAGACAAGUGAGGAGGACAUGCCGAAAGACACAUCUGUUGUCUCAUUGUCUGACUUCUUAGACAAGAUCCCAGAAGGCAAUUCGCCAACCGCUGAGCCUUCAUCUAAAGAGAGAAGACCAACAGAUGAACCAGACGCUGUGCCUCCUGAAGAAUCGAAAAUAGAUGCGGAAAGAGAUGAGCAUGAAGAAGACGAGCACGAAAGGACGGAAUCGGGGCACGAUGCUCCUGUCAUGGUGGAACGUUGCAAAGACAUCAACGUCAAGGCGCCACAUAAGAAAUCCCAUAACAUACUAUCAGGGGUCACCUCGAAGGUCAAGCACUCGAUAUCGAAAGUGAAGAAAGCCAUAACAGGAAAAUCUUCUCAUUCGAAGGCACACUCACCAAAGUGAGAGUGUCGAUUCCCGCCCGUGGAAAAGAACCAGAAGAAGAAUCCCUCUUCAUGAGCAAAUGGGCAUUGCAUAUUCCUGUCUCUAAUGUCAUGUCUGUAGCAUAAAACCUGGUCUGCUUUUACGCAGGCCCGAGUGUGUGUGUUUACGACCAGGAUUAGCGAGUGAUUGUGAGAUUGCGGGUUAUGGUAUUAGCGUGUCUAGCCAUGUGUGUUUACGCAAACAUGGUCUGCUUCUACGCAGGCCCGAGUGUGCUUCCAAUCAGAGUUAGUGGGCGAUCACGCAAACGGCUAUGAGAUUUGCAGGUCGGGGUGUUACCUUG